AUGUCUUCAUCUCUGGUUCCCGGAAGCAGUGGCGACGCGAAACACAACAGUCAAAUUGAACAUCUCGAAGACCUCAGCAAGCCGGGCUUGCAAGACAAACACGAUGGCCAUGUCGAAGGCAACGCACUUCUCAUCAACCGAGAUGGAGAGGUUCGCAAGAUUCCAGUUCCGUCUUCGGAUCCCAACGAUCCCCUCCGCUUCAGACCUUGGGAGAAGUACGGCAUCGUCUUCUGCUGCUGCUGGUUCUCUAGUAUGGGUUUGUCGAUUGCCAGUGGUCUAGGUGCAAUUUUGCAUGAAUUCUUUGCGAUGUAUGGCCCUCAAGGCUAUUCUUCCGAAGACAUUGUUCUUCUGAUCACUAUUCCAACCUUGUGCAUUGGUCUCGGCAACUACAUCAUCCUUCCUCUUGCUCUUGCAUACGGUCGACGCCCAGUAUUUUUAGGAUUCAUGGUCAUCCUUCUGAUAGCGACAAUUGCUGCCGCUUUGCAAAAUAGCUAUAACGGGCAUCUUGCUGCCCGAGUGGUUCAAGGCUUGGCUACGGGUGCCUCAGAGUCUCUUCUCCCGUUGAUGCUCACUGAAGUUACCUUUCUGCACGAGCGUUCCAAGAUCUUUGGUCUUUACUGGAUGGCACAAAAUGCGAUAUCCUCUACUAUCAACUUGACCUCGUCAUACUUGAACCAUGACCUGGGAUGGCGCUGGUAUUACUGGGUCUUCGUUAUCACUGUUGCCGUCGGACUGAUCAUUGCGUUUUUUUUCGCCUUCGAGACACAGUUCACCCGUCAGCCCGAAUCGCUCGAUGGACAAGUUGUCAUCACGGACGAGUUUGGAGUCACGCGUGUCAUCCCAGACUCCGAAGCUCAGGCCUACCUCGAGGAGAUGAAUCGAUCUGGACUCACGGCUCCGGGCGCCAAUCAGGCAGCCGAGUCUAUUGAGAGAAAGUCGUAUCUACAGCGCAUCAGACCUUGGUCGACACCGCAUCCCCAACCAAUGCGGGUAAUGGUCUUGAGCUGGAAGCACAUGGCGGAAUCGUUCUCGUCCCCGGGAAUCAUUUAUGCGGUGUUGACGUCUUCCAUUGCCCUUGGCUGCGGUGUUGGCAUGUCACUGACCUACAACACUGUUCUGGUGACGAACUAUCAGUGGAAGUCGGAAGACGUUGGGUUGAUCAACGUUGGCGGCGUCAUUGGCGCCGUUCUCGGGUACACGUGGUGGGGUCCGUACAUCGGCUGGACCAUCUUCCAGUAUUCCUUUACCUCUGUUCUUAUCAUUUCCACUAGCUUCGCAUCUGAAGCCGCGCCCAAACAUCCCGGGCCGGCACUGGUCGUGGUUGUGGGAACUAAGAACGUGGUCUCGUUCGGUGUGACCUAUGGGUUGACUCCUAUGGUUGAGAAAUGGGGAUAUCAAACAGCCUUUGGUGUGUUGGCUGGUAUCUUUGGCUUCAUCUUCCUACUCGGAGUGCCUGUCUAUCUCCUCAAUCCGAGGUGGCGUGCUUAUAUGUCGGAAAGAGAGAGCAGAUCGACCAGAGCCUAG